AGAGCAGCGGUAGCUCUCGGAGUGGACGGGCGGAGGUUAAGACCGGGUAGCGAUACCGCCAGGGAAGCCGGAGGGUUUGUUUUUGCAUCCGCGAGUGCUUGAUUUAAAAAAAACCCAAAAAACCCAACAAACAGUUAUAGACAAAGGAUUCCAGCCACAAUGUCGAAGCACCAUGAUGCAGGGACUGCUUUCAUCCAGACCCAGCAGCUGCAUGCUGCUAUGGCGGACACCUUCCUGGAGCACAUGUGCCGUUUGGACAUUGACUCGGAGCCAACCAUUGCAAGAAACACCGGCAUCAUCUGCACCAUUGGCCCAGCCUCCCGCUCGGUGGAGAAGCUGAAGGAAAUGAUUAAAUCUGGAAUGAAUGUUGCCCGACUGAACUUCUCUCAUGGCACCCAUGAGUAUCAUGAGGGCACAAUCAAGAAUGUGCGAGAAGCUACAGAGAGCUUUGCCUCUGAUCCAAUCACCUACAGACCUGUGGCUAUUGCACUGGAUACCAAGGGACCUGAAAUCAGAACUGGACUCAUUAAGGGAAGUGGCACGGCAGAAGUGGAGCUCAAAAAAGGUGCCCCGCUCAAAGUGACCCUGGACGAUGCCUUCAUGGAGAAAUGUGAUGAGAAUGUGCUGUGGCUGGACUACAAGAAUCUCAUCAAGGUUGUAGAAAUUGGCAGCAAAAUCUAUGUGGAUGAUGGUCUGAUCUCCUUGCUGGUUAAAGAAAAAGGCAAGGACUACGUCAUGACAGAGGUGGAGAAUGGCGGCAUGCUCGGCAGCAAGAAGGGAGUGAACCUGCCUGGCGCUGCUGUUGACUUGCCUGCAGUCUCUGAAAAGGACAUUCAGGACCUGAAAUUUGGCGUGGAACAGAAUGUGGAUAUGGUGUUUGCUUCCUUCAUCCGCAAAGCUGCUGAUGUCCAUGCUGUCAGGAAGGUUCUAGGAGAAAAGGGAAAGAACAUCAAGAUCAUAAGCAAAAUUGAGAACCACGAGGGUGUGCGCAGGUUUGAUGAGAUCAUGGAGGCCAGUGAUGGCAUCAUGGUGGCCCGUGGUGACCUGGGAAUUGAGAUCCCUGCUGAAAAAGUCUUCCUCGCCCAGAAGAUGAUGAUUGGGCGCUGCAACAGGGCUGGCAAACCCAUCAUCUGUGCCACUCAGAUGCUGGAAAGCAUGAUCAAGAAGCCUCGCCCGACUCGUGCUGAGGGCAGUGAUGUUGCAAAUGCUGUCCUGGAUGGAGCAGACUGCAUCAUGCUCUCCGGAGAGACCGCCAAGGGAGACUACCCGCUGGAGGCUGUGCGCAUGCAGCACGCUAUUGCCCGGGAGGCCGAAGCCGCCAUCUUUCACAGGCAGUUGUUUGAGGAACUGCGCCGUCUGACUUCCCUGAACUGCGAUCCCACAGAGGCCGCUGCUGUUGGCGCUGUGGAAGCGUCCUUCAAGUGCUGCAGUGGGGCCAUUAUUGUCCUCACCAAGUCUGGAAGGUCAGCACACCUGGUAUCCCGGUACCGCCCACGGGCUCCCAUCAUUGCUGUGACCCGUAAUGACCAGACAGCACGCCAGGCUCACCUUUACCGGGGCAUCUUCCCUGUCCUCUGCAAAGAACCAGCCCAUGACGCCUGGGCGGAGGACGUGGACCUCCGUGUCAACCUGGGCAUGAAUGUUGGCAAAGCCCGUGGCUUCUUCAAGAGCGGCGACCUGGUUAUUGUGCUGACGGGCUGGCGCCCUGGCUCUGGCUACACCAACACCAUGCGUGUGGUGCCCGUUCCCUGAACCACCAAUUCCAACCAGCAACCACCUUCCUUCCCUGCUCCCCUUCACUCCCUUCUCCCCUCAUGUUAGGCAAGCCAUUGCUUGUGCUGUCCUCCUUGUCCCUAGAGUGGAUGUAGUUUGCUAAACACCACCCAGUGCAGCAGCAGCAGGGGCAAAAGACCUUAAAUCACUAAAAAAACAAUACUUGAAGUGUUUAGUUUUUUAAAAAACCUCUCCCUGUAGUCCAGUCCUGCCCCACUAUAGAUUAGAGUUGGUGUGGGAGGUUCCUGUGUCCUCCUGGGACCCCUCUUAGCCUAGUGCCUGUUCUCAGGGUGUGAAAUGUCCUUUCCCCUGCCCCAGGGUUGGGGUGAGGAGGAAGGGGAGCAGAGAGGGGCAGUCAAGGGUUGUGCUGUGCCCUUUCUUGUUCCAGGGAAGCUGCUUCUCUCCCUCUGCCACUAGAUGCUGUCCUAGACCAAAUCCAACAUCACUCCAGUUCCCUUAUGCUGGUUUUUCUUCCAGGGGUAGGGGCAGAAGAAGGGUGUUAGCUCCCCCUGCACUCCACCUCUGUGCUCCAUGUCUCUUGGCUCCCUCGCAGUGUUAUCUUGUGUGUUUAGGUGUGUCCCCCUCACUCCCUGGAGCCUUCUCCCUUCACUUCCCCAAGCCCCUGGGCUGCCAGAGCACAACUCUCCAUCAAUAAAGAGAAGCUAAAGCA